AUGUCGUCAGAUCUGAACAAGAUGGAAAGUCGAAAGAUGACGUACCGCGUGGAUGGUGAAUUCUUCAUCAUCACAUUUGUGGACCCUAAAGCACUCAAUUCGCUUUCAGGUACCGAUUAUUUGUAUCUGGCCCGUCUUUUACAAAUAGCAGACUCGAUGCAGUCUGUUAGCUUCACCGUGCUACAAAGUACUGGCCGAUUUUUCUCUGCUGGAGCUGAUAUCUCGCAUAUAGAACAAGUUCAAGCUGCUGCAAACAAGGAAGCCAGCGGUAUGCUGGGAAAAUGGCUUUCGGAGUUUGCUAGCCGUAACGUCUUCGUGACCCACACAUUUGCAACGCAUUCUAAAAUUCUGGUGUGCUGUUUGAACGGACCGGCCGUUGGACUAACUGCAGCGCUCGUAAUGCUGUGCGACAUUGUUUACAGCAUGAACGACGACGUUUACCUGCUGUUUCCGUUUGCUAAUCUAGCGCUGGUGACAGAAGGAGCUCUUUCCUUGACACUGCCUCUCAAGCUGGGCUACAACGUGGCACACGAAAUUCUGAUGUUUUCUAAACCGGUGACUUACCAGCAGCUCAUUGAUAAAGUGAUUGUGCGCAACUACAAUUUUUCAGACCCGGAAACCUUCAAUACACAGGUGAUUUCCGAUCUUCAUGAAAAAACAGAGGGACUUCACCACGACAGUUUCCUCAAUAUGAAAGAGUUGCUUAAACGGCCUCUUUUGUCGGAGCUCAAGCGUGCCAAUAUCGACGAAGUUGCCGAUGCUAUGAAGUAUUGGGUCCAAAGUCUCCCACAGCAGCGUUUCCAGGAGAUAGGAUCCAAAAAACGCAAGCACAAGUUUUAA